GAGCGAUUUCGCUGCGAUUUCAUUCUUCCAAGGGCAUCGAUCGCAUAGCUUUUAUGACCAAAUAACAAAGCAGUAUCUAGUGAAUUGAUAAAAAUAAUGUAAUCAUAAAAUGUAACACUUUCUUCAAUUUCGAUUAAACCAGUUUUAGUGAUAAUAAUCAUAGUUUUUCAGCUUUGCCGUUCUCGUGUUCCAAACAGAAUGUCGCCUCGUAAACAGCCAUCUACUUUGUUCAAAAUAUGUAUAAAGAACUGCAUUGAUUUGAUAAAUUCUGCGUGUUAUGUUAUUGAGAAAAGUUGUCCUGAAAAUAUGUUUCAUGAUUGUGAGAGGCAGGCCUUUGAGUUGAAGUAUUAUUUGAUGUCGAUGCUUCCUGUCAGGUUAUUUGACAUCCUCUGUUCUGAAAGAACAUGCUGCCAGUAUCGUGGCGACCCCAGAGUUCAACUCCACGUGUUAACACACCCCAACAUGACUGUCUUCCGCAAAUGCGAUCUUGACAAUAGUAUACCACAGAGGUUUUGGGUUGAGACCCUUUCAAAUUUCAGCCGUUUAAUAGUCCUUGAUCUCAAGUUCAUUUGUACAGAUGAAAUUCUUCAAGUUAUCGGUAUGAAUUGUCCUUUACUUGAGGAAAUCAAUAUAGUAUCCAGAGUCAAUAUUUGUAAAUCCCUCUUCAAUGCUUCUGUAUUAAUCAGAAAUGUCUCUGAUAAUGGUUUGUGCUCAAUUGCAAAUUUAAAACAUUUGAGGGUGUUAGCUAUGGAUCCUCCGAGAAACGAAAGGGCAAAUCGUGUAGGUCGUUGUGUUUCACAAGCAGGGAUAAUUAUGUUAGUCAAUGAGCUUCCAUAUUUAGAAGAAUUGAAAAUUGAAUCCUGUGAUAUUGGUUCGACUUUGAUCAGCACUGUAAUGGAUAUAGGUCCUUUGAGUCUCAGAAAAAUCAAUUGCCAUUUUGCUUCAGCUGAAGGUAUUAAAAAAUUAAUUAAAAUUUGCCCAUUCUUGAGGGAGUUAUCUGUCACACACUUGUCUGAACACAAUAAGGAUGCAAUUUUGGAGCAAAUAUCAUUGAGUGAAUUAAGGUUAAACAGAUUGGAUUUAUCUUUCUUCUCAUACACAGAUUCUAUGCAACAACUUUUGGCUAAUAAAGGAAACUAUUUGACACAUUUCUCUUUGUGGGAGAUUGAUCAUUCUCUGACACUAGAUGCUGUCUUAUCCAUUGGUUAUUGUUGUCCAAAUCUUAAUUCCUUGUGUCUAAUGACUCAAUCCAAAUGUUUAACUAUUCCUAGGUAUUUCAGGAGACCAAAAAAUAUCUUCACUGAAUUGAGAAGUCUUACAUUAGGUAAUGAGAAUUUUAACAUUGACCACAUAUUAACUUUUUUUCUAGAUUGUACUCAAUUUCUAGAGAAGCUAGUGUUGAAAUAUCAAACAAAGACUAAUUUAGAUGACACAUUGUUGCAUUUAUUACAAAAGGGAAGUUUCAGUAAUAUGAACUACUUAUGGUUGGACUGUACGCUUGAUGUGUCCAAAGAAGUACUAAAACAAGUUGUCAAGACUUGUGAAAAAUUACAAAUGUUAACAGUGGCAAUAACUGAUGAAAUGACAGAUGUACAAAGGUAUAUUAGUGAGAAUAAUUUGGAUUUGAAGUUAGGUGGCUAUUAAAAUUUAUUCUAUAUAUUUAUUGUAAUCUAAUUUAGAAGUAAAUAUUUUACUAUUUUCACAAAUUGUUCUUUAAUUUAUUUAGUUAGUUGCCCACAUAUUCA